GCACCACCCACAAUAACCUUCGAACGGUCCAGGACGACUGACUUCUGUGCGCCACGAUCCGCUCUAGCCUCUGGGGCCCGCCUGGCUCCCCGCAAACGUGCUUCCCCGGUGGCACAGAAUCCCCUACACGGCCGACCUACGCGCGGUACGGGACUGACCCUCGCCUCGUCCGACCGUCCGAUCCGAUACAAAGACCACCCCUAGGGUAUCGCUCUCGCUCGUCUCCUCCGUCGUCUCGCUUCUCGGGUCUUCCCUACUAUCCGCUGGUUCAUUUCUUCCCACCCAAGCUCAGUCAUUGCACGGCAGCACUCCUUGUCUCCCUGCAACCCUGUGGCUUGGACUGAAGAAGACGUGGAACACAGUCAGGAAGGAAGAGCUGGCAAGACCGAGACCGACGAGACGACGCUCCCUGUCAUGUUGCCCAACAUGACUUCGAGUAAGUCCUCUCGGCCGUCUUUGAUGCCUUCUUCCCUAUCUUCUCUUUCCCUCUCCUCGCUCUCGUCACGACCCUCUACACCUACGGCCGAAACCAAAACGCCUACCAGACCACGAGCAAAACUUCGCAGAAAGUCCACCGUUGCUGCUGCCAAAAGUUCGACUGGUGCCACUGGCUUUGGAGAAUUGCCCUCGCCCGAACGCCAGCAUUCCCCUACCCGCAGAGAUACGGACCUUGGAGAGAUAGUGGCUCCCAAGCCUGUGAACAAAUCGAAGACCUGGAGCAAUCGCCUCUCCUUUCUGAUGCCCUCGCUCAUUACCAAUGAUCUAGAUUCUCAGUCGGGCUCCCUGCGCAGGAAGCCGAUAGCUGGCUCCACGAAGUCCGACUCCUCGACAAGUCCAAGCGUCACGAGCCCUGAUCCGCCUCCAUACAGACUGCACGACCCCCAAAGCCCCGAGCGAACGGGCCAGAUUAUGAGCACCCACUCGUUACCGCUGAGACACAUCUCAGAGGCACCAUCCAAUGGGUCACAAACGUCUUCGAUAUCCUCGAGACCAGGUUCCGAUUCCCUUCAGAGCCUUGGGCUGCCGCCUCUCAUCGAAACGCCGAUUUCGUCUGGUUAUAUAUCGACAGAAAUGCCCGCGCAUCCCGAAUAUGCACCACCGGCACCACCUUCUCCCAGAAUUGCCGCGGUCAUGCAGCAGGAGUCAGCCCCGAAGUCUGGCGCUCAGCGGAGUUCAACAUCAACGACAGGUAGUGCUUCGAAGGAAGGUUCACCGAGGCAGAAGCUGCACAAAGAGCUGCCGGAAAGCCGAUCCCGUCGCAAUUCACUGCAGGCCCCCAAAUCCGGCUCAAACCAUGCGAGUUUGCAGUCUGCUAUCCAUAGCCAGCCAGCGGCCUCCGACCAGCGAGCUCUGCGCAGCGUCUCAGCCCAGAUCCCGGCGCCGGUACCUGCUCCCGGCGACCCCAGGCCUUCUCGAGUCCCAUCUCUACCGAUCGUGCCCAGCGUCACAGCCACGCCCCCUACCGAAAAUGCGAAGAGCCAGAGUCCAUUCCGCGGACGUCUUCGCCGCAGUUGGCUGCCGGGUGGAGGCAGGUCGAGAUCUAAUUCGGUGGAUGUGAACGGGAAGGGAGCAAACACGCAGCAAGCAUGGGUCUUGACUGACGGGACACACGCCGAGUACAACCCUUCGCUCUUGCGAAACGGCGAAAAGGUACCCGAGCUGUGGAAUGAGAGCGGCAAUAUCCUCGUGUACCUGUACCCGCAGGCUAGCGGGUGCGGGCCGUCCUUCAAAGUGAUGGAGUUUACCGUGAGCUCGUCAUAUGUCUUCAACGAACUGAUGCAAACCGACCGCGACAGCCUCUCUGGGACUAGAAGUCGUGCGAGAAGCUUCGGCGGUCGGAAUAGCUUGACGGCGGAAGAUGCUGGGCGCAUUCGAUCGCCUCCCAGCUCCUCUUCCGUCUCCGAGUCCAAUGCAGGAGACCUGAAGCUGUACUUACCGACUGCGCCCCCGUCAGCGGAUUCUGGGCAGCUGGCAGCGCCCGGUGAGGGGUCAAAUGAGGACCUGGAUCGACUGAUUGCCACUCGGAAUCUAUUCGCCUUCCUCACAGGGCAGCCCCUUGUGGCCACCAAGGCACGACCUACUGUAUUCAAAGUCUUUCUCCAGGUUGCAAGCCUGCUGGAAGAAUUUGGCUUCACGAGUCCAGAUGGCGCGACUUUUGGAACCGCUGUGGACCUAAGCUUUGAGUUCUACAUCGACCAACUCGGCCUAGCGGACUGCCGCCACAGUCGUGAAAAGACGAUUGAGGCCCUCAUCCUCGGCGAACGCAUGCGGAAUAUGGAUCUGUACAGCGAGGCGUUUGCCCACGCAGCAGGCAAGUACGCGGCUAUUAUGGAUCUGAAGCUGCCCUUGUACCAGGAGGUGAACCCGCAUACGCGGCAGCAGCUUGAGCGAGCUCAUUUUGAUCUUCUCAAUCGCCAACACGGAGUGAACCAACAUAUCGAGCACUUCGAGUUCCCGUCGCUGUUCGCCGGGUUGGCUAACUCGACGUCCAUCCCGGAGUUGCGCCACGUUCGCUUCAAGGUGUGGAGGCAUUCGUUCAACAAGCUGCGGACAUUCGUGCUCAGCCACUACAAGUCCACGUUUGGCAACUGGCCACCAAAAGCCAGCAGCAGCAAGAAUCCCUUUGCGGAAAGCGGGUUGAAUAGGUUGGUGCUGAAGAUGCUCUACUCGGACAUGUGUGCUUUGUACGACUUGCUCGUGGAUCGCGAUCACCUGACAUCCAGAAUCAUGGACGAGGUGCCGGCCAUCUCAAAGGAGCCUGGCAAGAUGACGACCUCGGCUCUGCGCAACAUAAUGUCCGAGUUUGAUCGAUCCAAACCACCUGUUCUGCCACCUAUUCCUUUCGACCUCCCGCAAUUGCCGUCCAUGAGCUCUGUUCUCGAGACCUAUCCGACCCUGUCCGCCAAGGACCAGAUCAAGUUCGACAAGGGCAUCAAAGAGCACGAGCUCAUCCUGAUCUUGAACAAAGCGUACAACUACGAUGCGAACACCGUCAAGCUGCCGUUUUUGGAAAAGUUCAAAGAGUUCGAGCUGCGCGAGGCCAAGGGCAAAAUGGCCCCCGACCUGUACGACCAGCGCAUGGGCUAUUGGUUGUUUCUCUACGUGGUGAUCCAGUCACUGCCCAUGCUAGUCGUGGACGCUCCCGGCCUCAAGUUCACGGAAGGGUCUGAGUACUUCCUCUGCCAGCCACCCAUGGGUAAUCCUCCGUGGAUUGAGGAUCGUGAGGUCAAGAAGAUGUGGUACGAGGUAGCCGGGGGUGGAGGUUUGGUGCAGCUAUCUACUGAUGCUGUCCUGUUCAGCGUGGAAGCCACUUAUCACCGCAGUCACUGUUGGCUCGCUGCGAAGAAGUGGCAGGGAUUGGCCGACCCGGACCUACCCAUGGAGGACCCAGGCUUGCCAGCUUUGGAGCCUCCUCCGCCUGUGAUGCAGGACGACAUGAUGGGUAGCCGUCCUCCCUCUGUCGUGGGCGGCACCUCGACGCCACCGGACAGCGUUGCGUCGCCGCCUGUCACCCUGCGCCCGCGCAAUCUCUCCCCAGGAGGCCCUGGAGGGGGUCGGACGAGUCGGGCCAGCCGUGCCAGCCAGGCCUGGAGGUCCAGUGUGGCUCUUGGUCUCGAGCCUGUGCCAAUGGAGCCGCCCAGUCUGUUCGGCGGCGAGAACCACGCACGCAGCUCGUCCUAUGGUCCCCGUCCCAUGAGCUCCAUGCUCGGGAACCGGACGCGCUCGCAUGGGAACUUGGUCGGCGCUUUCCAGUCGUCACAGCUCGGCUCGCCCACGUCUGACCCGCAGGACGACCCUAAUACCGGGGCCACGUUUGAUGACAUCCUGGGUCAGCCCGAGAAGAAGUCCACUAAGAAGAAGGCCUUCUUUUUCUAAGCUCGAGACCUGCAUUGCGGUUCUUUCUUGUUAUCCUUGUGCCGUGUCGACAUUGCGGAUGUUUUGCAUAUUGUGUGGAGUUUUGAACAAAAGAAUCUGGCCAUAAUUAAUCUCGGGGCUCGGUACGUGUGAUAAAGGGACAGACACCCAAUUGGAUACUAAAUAGGAACGAACCAUUCUGUCACGAGCGGGCGAAAUCAUUUGAAUAGACA